CACAAGUCACACUCACACCGAGUCACCGACCACUCCACUACACAUCCAAAAUGGCGGCCGUGACGUUCGAAGAGGAGGUCUCCAGGCUGGCUGCCCGCGAAGCGGCCAUCUCGCCGGCGCUGGUGAGGACGGCCGUGGGGGCACUGGCACGCAGCAGCGCGGCCCGCGCCGCUGCCGUUGCCCUGUUCCAUCUCUUCGCCGGCACCAUCAGCGUCCUCUUCGCUGCAACAUUCCUCUACCUCGUCGUGUUCCGGGCCUGCGUCGAGAACUGCACCGUGGCCUCGGUAGUUUGGGAGAUCUUGGUUUAUUCUGGUAUGCUCUCCCUGCUACUCAUAGUGCCAGCGAUGGUGCUCUUCUUCCUGCGCGCCGCCGGCAGCGGCAGCGAGGUCAAGGAUGAUGUGGAUGGUUGCGUCCGUUGGUGGCCGCUAAUCUGGCACGCGUCUGUGGCGUUCUUCCACUUGGCGCUCUUGGUGGGACUCAUCGGGCUCGUUCUUCAAAUCUGUGGCGGGUCUCAAGAGGUUUCUUACCUUCUCCGCACUGCGGCUGUGCUGUGCAAGCUCCUACUCACCGUCGCCUUCUCCAUCCGUGCUGCAGUGGCGCUGUGGAGGAUGCAUCCUCAGCAGCCGGCCGCAGUUGGUGCUGUGGUAGUGUGAUGAGUGUACGUAGUAAUCUAAUCUAUCUAGUAACUACUUGUAGUAGGCUUGCUUCAAUGCUAGGCCGCCAAGAAGAAGUGCCGGAGCUAUCUAUCUAACACAGCUCCAUUGUUUACCCCUGUGAUGAACAGCAUCCAUUCUAUGUAAUCAUGUACUCGUAGCCACGGUGAAUUCCAGUAUAUGUAAUCAGGUCCCUUAAUUCACUGCCUAUAUGACUUGACGUA